UACGUUCACGGAAUUUACGGUGGCUGGUUAGUACGUGAGACUAGUGCAAGCGAAAGCCAAGGAGCAAGGACGUACUGUACAAGGGCAAAGAUGCAACCGGUCGAGUCUCUCCUCCACAGUGGCUAUUUCCACCCAACACUCAGAUACUGGCAGACCUGUGCCUCAGACUUGAGACCUGAGAACCUCAUCUACCCCAUCUUCAUCACUGACAGUCCUGAUGCUGUGGAGCCCAUCACUAGUCUACCUGGCCAGGCCAGAUAUGGAGUGAAUAAACUUGAGGGCAUGCUACGUCCCCUUGUGGAGAAGGGCUUGAAGUGUGUGCUGAUUUUCGGAGUGCCCGCAAAAAUAGCUAAGGAUGAGAGAGGUUCGGGUGCAGACACAGACAAUACUCCGGCUGUGUUGGCUGUGAAGAAGAUAAAGUCUCUUUUCCCUGACCUGCUGAUGGCCUGUGACGUCUGCCUCUGUCCCUACACCUCACAUGGACACUGUGGAAUCCUGCGGGAGGAUGGCACUCUGGACAAUGGUGCCAGUUGCCAACGUUUGGCAGAAGUGGCAUUGGCCUAUGCCCGCGCUGGCUGUCACAUCAUUGCACCCUCUGAUAUGAUGGAUGGGCGAGUGGGAGCUAUCAAACAUUCACUGAUGUCCAAUGACAUGGGCAACAAGGUGUCAGUGCUGAGUUACAGUGCCAAGUUUGCUUCCUGUUACUAUGGUCCCUUCAGAGAUGCAGCACAGUCCAAGCCAGCAUUUGGAGAUAGGCGCUGUUAUCAGCUGCCCUCCGGUGCAAGGGGCCUGGCACUACGAGCUGUGGACAGAGAUGUCAAGGAGGGAGCAGAUAUGCUGAUGGUGAAGCCAGGACUGCCCUAUCUGGACAUAGUGAGGGAGGUCAAAGACAAGCACCCCACUCACCCACUGGCAGUGUAUAACGUGUCAGGGGAGUUUGCCAUGCUGUGGCAUGGGGCCCAGGCUGGAGCUUUUGACCUGCGCACCGCUGUACUGGAGUCUAUGACUGCCUUCCGCAGGGCAGGUGCUGACAUCAUCAUCACCUACUACACACCUCAACUGCUCACCUGGCUGAAAGAGUAACAGACAGAAGGAUGGACAUAAAGAUGGAUCAUGUGACAAACUCCUUUUUACCCAGCUGUGCAAGGCUGACCUACACUGACAAAUGGUGUCUAUUCAAACCAAACUGACAUGUGAGAACAGGCAAUCUAUCUUCAUACAUUAAUUUACAGUUUAUUUUUAUACAUAACAUUGUUACGUCAUAUUGUUUUUUUUCUUUGUGUGCAGCAACCACUAAUUCUCACCAAAGGUGGGAGUCUUGGAGCUAGUAGACACUUUUGUAAAGCGUAUCAAAUUCGCUUUGAAGGGUUUGUCUAAUGUUAGAUGAAAGAAUGGUAAUAUAAAAUAUGUUGAUUGUG